CUGAGAGGCGCGAAAGUGCCGGUGAGAGUUGAAGGCUCGUGUUUUUAAGUGUUUCAAAAUAAACAUGGCGGAGAAUGAGAAUGAGCAAGUGUCAGGAUCCCAUCAGGAUGACCAGCCUCCCAAUCCUGUCAGCUUCAGUUUCAUGGUGCCAAAGAAGGAGAUCAGCAUGGUGUCUGAUAUGGGCAAAUGGAAAAGAUCGCAGGCAUAUGCAGACUACAUGGGAUUCAUUCUGACCCUCAAUGAAGCUGUGAAGGGAAAGAAACUUACAUGUGAUUACCAGGUGUCUGAGACAGUGGAGAGGUUGCUUGCUUUGUUGGACACUUUAGAUUGCUGGAUCGAUGAGAUGCCACCAGUAGACCAGCCUUCUCGCUUUGGCAAUAAAGCCUUCCGUAACUGGUAUUCCAUGCUACAACAGCGGGCUGAGAAUCUGGUCACUAUUGUUCUCCCAGAAGACUGUCAUGGUGCUGCUCCAGAGAUAGCAGAGUACCUGUUAGAGUCUGUGGGCAAUUCCACCAGAAUUGACUAUGGCACCGGUCAUGAGGCUGCGUUUGCUACAUUCCUUUGCUGCCUUUGUAAGGUGGGAGCACUACGUAUGGAGGACCAGCUGGCCAUUGUAUUUAAAGUGUUUGACAAGUAUCUGCGAUUGACGCGCAGACUGCAGAAAACAUACAGAAUGGAGCCAGCGGGAAGCCAGGGGGUGUGGGGUCUCGAUGACUUUCAGUUUCUUCCCUUCAUAUUGGGCAGUUCACAGCUUAUAGACCACCCAACCCUGGAGCCCAGGCACUUCUUGGAGGAGAAGGUUGUGAAUGAGCAUCAUCAAGACUACAUAUUUCUGGAGUGCAUUAAAUUCAUCAAUGAGAUGAAAACAGGCCCCUUUGCCGAACACUCUAACCAGCUUUGGAACAUCAGUGCUGUUCCUUCCUGGUCCAAAGUCAAUCAAGGCCUCAUACGAAUGUACAAAGCAGAAUGUCUAGAAAAAUUCCCAGUCAUCCAGCAUUUCAAGUUUGGCAGCCUGCUCUCCAUCCAGCCAGUCAAACCAUGAGAGACAACAAAAAGAGUCCACUCCUUGUCCGAUAGCACAACCAAACCUCCAACUUUGGACAAAACCACUUCUUCACACUCAAAACCUUAAAAUGUAUCCUCUACACCAGAGGUGGUCAGUUUUGCUCCUGUAGAUCUACUUUCUUCUAGAGUUCAGUUCCAACCCUGCCUCUAAUACAUGUUAUUCAUGUGGACCUUGAUUAUUCGGUUUAGGUAUGUUUUAGUUGCAUUUAACUAAACUCUGCAGGAAGGUAGAUUUCCAGAAGCAGGAUUGAAAUCUCCUGCUCUACACAAUCUACUAGAUCUGUAUAUGACAUAAAUCCCACAUCUGAUGGUGACAUCACUAAUUGAUUCAAUUUGUCUAUAUGGUUUUAUUUAUCCAUUUCCUGCAAGCAGGAAGUUGAACUGCUUCUCAGACAUAUGCAGUGAGAACCUUUGAUGCUGUAAUGCACAUACAUCUUCAUUUGGAUUGGCAUUUAUAUUAUUUAUUUUUGUGUAUAAAAAGAACAGAGCUUGUCACAAUGAUGCUUGGUUUUCGUUUAAUGUACAGGAUUUGAUUUCCUGUCUGUAAAAUUUCGGAAACCAAUUAACAAUGUGUGUUUGUAAAGUACUGUUUAAAAAGGCACAUCUAUAGUGAACUUAGAGUGACUGAGUUGUUUUUCAGUUAGCAAAGAUUGCUGAGGCAAGUGUUAGGUGUAAAUAAUUUUGCUAAAUGUGUUACUUUACCCAUGUGAGACAUGAAAGAUUUGUUGACCAUUUUUUAUUAAUAUUUUUUCCUAUCUUUCAUAUUCACUAAAAAUAGAACAAAUUGUUGCAAAACAAUAGCUUUUCGUGUAAAAUUUAAUUAAGACUAAGAAAGGUUGUUAAAGAAUGUGUUUAUAGUUUUCUAACAGCUAUAUGUAUCUAAUAGCAUAGUCUUCCAUUUGCUUAAAGCAAAUAACUUGGCACCAGCAAUUUAGCUAUUACACUAAAAUAGUGAAACUAUUUUGAUUUCUAAACUACAUACUGUGUAAAUAAAUGGUUUCAGUUUGCUUCAGAAUUGUCUCUGCAUCUCAACACAGAGGGGUGUCACUAUAAAGAACUUGGUACAUUAUAUUAAAAUUACUGAAUUUUGUUACGCAAAUGCUGUGGUGGUGUACGCUUUUAGAAAAAUUUUCUUUGGCACAAAUAUUUAUCCCAUUUUACCUCGCAGAGUAAGUUUUUAUAGUUCAGCAUGUUAAUGUGUCAUAAAUCAAGAAUUAAAGGUGAAAUUCACCCAAAAAUGAAAAUUCUCUCAUUCUUUACCCACCCUCAUGAUAUACCAGAUGUGUAUGAACACAAACAAAGAUUUUUAGAAGAAGAAUAUUUCAGCUCUGUAUCUCAAUAAGUGAAUGGAUAAUUUCUUUCAAGUAAUCCAUAUGACUCCAGUCGUAUUGUCCAUAGCUUCAGAAGUGAAAUGGCAGGUGUGGGUGAGAAACAGAUCAAUAUAUAAGUAAUUUAUUGCAAUAAAUUCUUCUCUCUGCCUGGUAGGUGGCAAUAUGCACAAAUAAUGUGUAUCACCAAAAGAAGAAGAAGAAAGUAAAAGUGGAGAUUGAUCAUAAAAAAGGACUUAAAUAUUGAUCUGUUUCUCACCCACACAUAUCAUAUAACUUCUGAUGAUAUAGUUUUAACCACUGGAGUCAUAUGGAUUAUUUUUAUGCUGCCUUUAUGUGCUUUCGAAUCCUCAAAAUUUUGGUACCCAUUCACUUGCAUUGUGAAGACCAACAGAGUUUAAAUAUUCUUAUAAAAAUAUCUAUGUUUGUUUUCUGUAGAAAAAAGUAAGUCAUACACAUCUGGGAUGGCAUGUGGGUGAGUAAUUGAUUAGAGAAUUUUAAUUUUCAUGUGAACUAUCUCUUUUAAUGAUUUUGAAAUGAGAGACAUGUAAAAAUUGGCAUUUUAA